UUGAAUCUACUAUUUGAGAGGCAACUGAAGAGAAAAACAAGGUGUUUUGAUCAGAAAAGUUAAACAAAACUAACAAAUUUCAGCCAUAACUUAAGCAACUCUUAGUGUCGUUUUAUAUAUCCAACCACUCCCGACUAUUUUCCAUGGCCUUUUUUCUUACAUAAACCUUGUUAGCCUCUAUGUAGUUUUCAUUAUCUCAUCAUACAAUCUCUUUUACAAUAUCCAGAAUCUGAGCUAGCUAAUAUUAUCUUUAAAAUUAGGUCAAAUAAUGGAAGAAGGUCGAUGUUGGAUGGUAACGAAGAAUCGAGCUAGUUCAAAAUGUGGUGAGGAAACAUGGGAAGAGAAAGCAUUUGCAGAAGAUGCAGCUGGGAUGCUUGGAGGUUGUGUAUGGCCUCCUAGAUCUUAUUCUUGCAACUUUUGUAGGAGAGAGUUUAGGUCAGCACAAGCUUUAGGAGGUCAUAUGAAUGUCCAUAGGAGAGAUAGGGCCAGACUCAAGCAGUUUUCGAGCUCUCAACAUCCCGAUCCACAUCCACGACAUCGAAUCCCUUCUUAUAAGUCCAGCUUGUCUUUGUCUUCUCACAAGGAAGAAGAUGAUGCUAUCAUUGACACAAACCCUAAUACUUUUUGUUCAUUACAUCCAGAAUCUGAGCUUGUUUCUUCAUUUUGGACAAAUCGUGAUAAAAAUGUCUCCUUAUUCUGUCUACACAGUGAUGAAUUAACCAAGGAUUUACCCCUCAAGAUCAGUAAAAACCAUGAGAGGCCAAGAUCAGUUAUAAGCUUGAGUAACGACUCGGCAACAUAUGAAGAUAACAAGGAUGUUGAUCAUCGUAAGAGAAGGAAGCUUGACAAAUCUUCAGCAUCAGUGAUCUAUAAGUCAGAUAAAGACGAUGCAGAUGUUGAUCCCCCUAAAUUUGACUGCUUAGAUCUAGAGCUCAGGCUUGGCGGUCGCCCUAAGGUACAAUAAUAAUAAUACAAUUAUUCACAUAAUAAUUAAUUAACAGCUUCUGUAUUCAUAAAUUACACCAUAAUACUACUAGCUAGUGUCUUGGUUUUUCUUUCAAGUUUUUAUUACUUUGUGUUUUGGUUUUAUUUAAGUGUGAUUAAGGGGUCGAAAACCGGCCUGUAUGAGUUUCAUGUAAUUAUAUCGAUCAAUAGGUUCUUUACAUGGAAAUUGCAAUACUAUUAUUAU